AUGAAAGGAAUGCGAUCAGUAAUCAAGAGAGUACUAAGAAAAGAGGUAAAAGCCCACAGCACUUUAAUGAAUCUGGUGCAUAAAAUUUACAUACGCCGUUUUAAACUACUACAUAGAAAAAAUCUAUUUGAAAAGAUGCUUGUUUUUCUAAAAUCUGAUAAUAUUGCUCAAUUAACGAGUCAAAAUUUAAAUGAAAGUAACCGUGACAACCCUGUAAACGAUGAGAAAUUAUAA